AUGGUCCGAUGUGUAUUCAUGUUCGGGCCCACUGAUUUCAAGCAUGACCGCCACCACUGCUGCACCUCUGAUCCGCACGAGUCAUUCCAUGGCAAGACUGCCAUACGAGGCCACAUGGAGCAGCGCCUCAGGCAUUCUACUGUUCCCGACGCCACAGCUAGCAGCAUGCCAGGGAUGACGCAAGCAAGGGCCUCGCCCCCUUUUCCUGAUGCGCGGGAAGAGGAGUCCCGAGCAGCAGCGGGGUCAAGCAGCUUUACGCGGGGUUAUGACGAGUUCAUCUGGAAUCUGACCCAGCGGGAAGCCACGCCCGUGGAGAUUUCCGGUUGA